CAAGCUUCCUGUGAUAAUUUCCGAAACAGCAAAGCAAGGGUACAGUGUAACAGACCGCGGUAUUGAAAUUAAUCUAAAAGUCUAAGUAUAAUAACACUAUUUUAGUUAAUUUGUCAGUAUUACAUAAGUAUUUUACACUGUAAGUAAAAGCUAUUACAAUGGUGGUGUCUCCAUGUUGUGCUUAGCUCAGCCACCUUUGCACACAGAGAGCGAAUUCGAUGUGCGUGCAUUAUGCUAUUCCAGCAGCUGGCCAUUACUCUUCCGGCGCACAUAGGCUAUAGCUCUUUACUGAUGGGGUCCUGAUGUUUAUGGAUUGGCUUUCUGAAUAGAGAGCUCCAUCCUAUACCUUCUCCUUUCCCUGAGCUAGACGAGCGCAGCGAAAGGUGUCAUGCGGGUGAGUUUCUGCCAGGGCCUUCUGACUGGAGCCAUCGCUCUGAACCUGCUCAUCCUCUACUAUGUGUCCCGAGCCCAGCAGCAGAUGAUGGAGAAACGCCGGGAUCCAGGAAGGGGCUCCAGGAAGGCUGCUUUACCUGCAUCCGGGCUGGGGGGUGGCAUGGGGGGCCUGGUGGGGGUUGGCGGGGGGAUGGUUGGCGCUGGAGGUGUCAGGGGAGAGGGGAACAGCCGCGGCCCCCGUGUGACUGUCCUCCUACGGGAGUUUGAGGACUUUGAGAACUACGUCGGUGAUGUGGCACGCUCCUUCCUGCACCAGAGACCUGAGCUGCCCUUCCUGGCUGUGUCUGACACCCCACCCUAUCCCCCUCUGUCUCUCCCCGAGGGGGCCCGUCUCCUGGUGCUCUCCCCCAGCCCCGAGCAGCCUCCGCAGGCCCACCGGCCAGAGUUCCACGUCCAGACAGAGUUUGUGCUGCUGGUGCCUGACGGGGUGGAGCUGGAGCAGGGCCGGGCUGUGGAGAGGCUGAUCCGGGAGCUGGAGGGGGAGGGUGGGGGGCCCGUGAGGCUGGUGGCAGCCCCUGUGUUGGCACGCUCGGCCGUCCAGUGCCUGCACCUGCGGGUCAGUCUGAGAGAGUGGACGGCCACCUACACCCCAGCGGCGUCUGGGAGCAGUGGUAGCGUGUGUACAGCCCUUCAGGGGGAUGCGGUGGUCCUCAUCCGCUCCGAGGACCUCUUCAACCUGUCUGUUCCGCUGGGGAGGCCCCUGCUGCCCUCGCUCUUCAUCCAGACCUCCCUGCAUGGCUGGAAGGUCAAGCUCCUGGAGAGCCCCUGCUUCUCCGCCAGCCACCGGCCCCUCUUCAGCUCAGCCCACAACCAGUGGAAGGCAGAUGGCCAUCUGAAGGAGGCCACUAGCCGGCUGAUGAGGAACUUUGGACUAAAGCGUCUCCUACUGGCUGAUGGGAAGGAGCAGUGGCACGGCUGUGGGAAGGAGACGGCGCGUUGCUUCGGUACGGUCCGAGACGACACCCCUGAGUACCUGUACCUGGAGCGCUGGACCCCUCCCUGCUGCCUGCGUGCCCUCCGCGAGACCACCAAGUAUGUGAUCAACAUUCUGGAGAGUUCCGGGGUGCGCUACUGGCUGGAAGGAGGCUCCCUGCUGGGUGCGGCCCGCCACCAGGACAUCAUCCCCUGGGACUAUGAUGUGGACCUGGGCAUCUACCUGGAGGACGUGCCCAACUGUGACUACCUGAAGAACCUGGACUCUGGUUCUCUGGUGGACGCUAACGGCUAUGUGUGGGAGCGGGCAGUGGAAGGUGACUUCUAUAGGGUGCAAUACAGUGAAGCUAACCACCUCCACGUGGACCUGUGGCCCUUCUACCCACGAAACGGCGUUAUGACCAAAGACACGUGGAUGGAGCACAAGCAGGAUGUGGAGUUCCCCGAGCACUUCCUGCAGCCGCUGGUGCCAAUGCCAUUCGCCGGCGUCACCGCCUACGGCCCGAACAACUACCGCGCCUUCCUGGAGCUCAAGUUUGGGGAGGGGGUCAUCGAGAACCCCCAAUACCCAAACCCUGCCAAGAAGAGGCUGGACAGGAGCCGGCUUUGAGGGAGGGGUUUGGCUGGGACCUUUGGAGUUUUCAUGUGGCCCACCAAAAGGACAAAACGAUUCUAGCCACAACCCAAAACAUAAUAGCAAUCCAUGAGUAGCAAUCCAUGAGUGGGUCACAAGUGGGUACCAUUUGGGAACUGUCCUUAAGCUGCCAAAAUGCACUGAUCAAUUAAUACUCCCUGAAGGGAAGUGGUUAACAGAGAGCCAACAGACACUACCGCUCUAACCCGGCCAGCUACACUGAUGCUAUGACACGUGUUUUAUUUAUUAUCUGUCUUUAACACAAUAUCCUUAUCAUGGGUGAAGCAGCGGACUGCAUUACACUAAAUGUUACGUCAUGAGGUGUGACUGACUGACCUCUGUCAGAAUGUGCCUGUCACUACUACUGAGACAGUCUGGAAGACUGUGGAACAGAGUCUGUAUUCAUAAAGUAUCUCAGAGUAGGAGUGCUGAUCUAGGAUCAGGGCCCCGUCAUCCAUGUAAUCUUAUUCUUUAUGAUCUAAAAGGCACAACCGAUCCUAGAUCAGCACUUUAUGAGACACAAGGAGACUGCUGCUGACCUACAUUACUGGUCAACUGAAGACUCCUUGUAGAGGUCCAUUAUUCUGGAUAAGCUGUAAAUUAAGUAUAGAGACAGAGUAUUUAUACAUUCAAAAUGGUAUUCUGUUGCACAUCAUUUUCCAGUACAUAAAUGACCAGGUAUUUAGAAAGAAAUUAUAUGGUAAUUACACAGUAGUUAUAUAUCAGUUAUUUACAAGAUUUUGGGGGGCACCAUUAGGUACAAGGUGGUUAUCAAUUGUUUUGAAUUCUUUGAAGUAGUACCAGAAAGUAUUAGCUAUUAUUACCACAUAGUUUCCUAGUAAUUAUCAGGUGAUCGUCAAAGUGCUAGAAGAUAUCCAAUGACAUUUCCACCACAAUAUCAGCAAUAUCUGACAGAUUCAGUGUUGAUAGCUGUGUUAUUAUUGAUAUUAUGAAUAUAAAUGUGUGGUCAAUUCUGUCCUAAAGCUAAAUAUAUAUUUCAUGGUGUACAUGUGUGGAUAUGUUGCACUGAUUCACUUCAUGUUCAGUGUAUGACUUUUGACCUUUUGAACUGUCAACUGAUGCCACUGGAUAGGCCUUGGCAUGUUCCAUCAGGAUGCCUAUUAUGGCCGUCCAUUUCCCAGCGGUAAAAUGAGGAGCUUUCUCUUAAACUCUGACUUGGAUAUUCCGGGCCAUAGAAAAAGCUCUAUCAGUCCAUGCAGGUGCAUUCAAAUCCCAGGUAUGAAUUCUGAAAAACGAAACGAUCCAAUAGUGUAUCCAAUAUACUAAAUUAAAUGUGUGUGUCAUCUGUUGAGUGUUGCUGUCACAUUUGUGUCCCGCCUUGACUGGAAUGUAAAAAGUAAUCUGAAUUGUGAGGGAAAGACUGAUAUCUGAUAGGUGCCACUUGUUGCACUUGACCUAUAAUUUUACAAGUGACAAAAAAUGCACCAGAUUCUUGCUGUCAAUGUGUGUCACUCCAUUUCAUGGACUGAAAAAAUAAUAAAUGAAUUAUAACACUA